AUGGACUUCUAUGGCACAGCCUCAACAGCUAUAACUCAGCUGUACCAAGUCACUGUCUUCAUUCAAGGUGUUAUUUCGGACUAUAAAUCCUUCGAUGAUGAUCGGGCCGAAAUUCGAGUCAAACUGAACACCCAACUCGCCACGCUUGUAUUCUUCAAAAGGACCUGCUGCCAUCCGGAGCAUGGAUUGAUGCUUCCAGGAAAAGCGGACGAUUUUAUCGCGAAUACAGUGAAUGAUCUCUUGGACCAGAUGCGAUUGGCUCUGGCGGCGUAUGAGCGUGUCGCCGUCAAUUAUGGCCUCGGAUAUGAGGAAUUCACUAUCGAGUCGGUGCAACCCAAAAUUGAAGAAUCCCUACUCAAGAGAUGGAAAAACAAGGCCGAGUCUAUUAAGCACAAGGCAUUUGACUGGUCACUGUUUGACAAGAAAAAGCUGAAUGUCAUGCUAGAGGCGUACACAAAAUGGUCUGAAGAUCUACGCAACAUUAUGCAGCACAUAUCCCAGGAAAUGCUAGCUAUGCUGCUUGCAGGUGACCGAGAUGGAGUGAAGGGUACAGGUCUAGAGCCAGUUUUGACGCGGCGCACUCUGGCUGAGAAUAAGCCACCGGCAGAUUAUCAUGAGCUGUCUGGUACCAUUACCAAAGAAGGAGAGAAAACGGAGGGCUUUCAGCUUGCAAAAUGGUCUGCUUCGGAAUCCAAAACGAUGCAAGUCGUUGUGGAGUAUCAUGAGUACGAAAGCGAGCUCAAGCGCGAUGAUCUAGAUAAUGAUGAGAUCAAUGGACUCAAGCAGCCCAUUCGCACCUUGGCUUGGCUCUUGCAAAGUUCCACCUUUAGCAGCACGGAAACGGAAUCUCUCGAUCAACCCAAGAUUUAUGCACUUGAAUGUCUUGGAUUCGUUGAUCAGCCCACAGAGGAACAAACUGUUUUCCUGUAUCGGCUACCUGCGUUCGAGGGGGAGGUCGGAGACUCUCUCGUGACUCUUCAUGCCUUCAUCAACGCCUCGGAUGGCGAGAACCGACCAUCUCCGAAACCUUCUCUGAAUGACAGGUUCAACAUGGCGUAUACACUUGCCUUGAGUCUUUCCAAUGUUCAUGCCUCAUGCUGGGUCCACAAGAACAUCUGGAGUAAAGGAAUCCUCCUGUUCCUCGAGACACCAUCAGGAGUCAGCGCCAAAGGCCUCCGCGAACAUCGUGUCAAGCCGAGAUCUGGAAACAAAAUUGUCUCAUAUCUAAGCGACUGGGGAUAUGCUCGCUCCGAGCAGCAAAAUACGGAUAUGCGUUCCGACUUCGAGAUCGAGCCGAAUCUUUAUCGCCAUCCUCGUCGACAGGGUCGUCCGACGCAGCAAUUCAGUCGUGUGCAUGAUAUCUAUGCGCUGGGUGUCGUGCUUCUUGAAAUUGGAUUAUGGGGUACGCUAUCCCGGAUAAUGCGGACGAGGUUUCACGAGGCAAAGGUUAAUGGACGACUACCGAGACCAAAGGUCGUUCUGGAAGAGCUGGUGGCGAGAGCGGCUCUCCAGCUGCCAAAGGAAAUGGGAAUGGGAUACACCCAGGCUGUGCUGGCCUGCCUGAAAGAAGACUUCCGCGGAAAUGAUGGGCCCUCUUUGGCGGUAGACUUUCAAAAAAAGGUCAUAGAUGUGCUGAAGGGAGGUACUCAAAUGUAA